GAAAUUAAGAAAGAUUUUAUGCUUAUUGUUGGAUUAGAAGGCAGUGCAAAUAAGCUUGGUGUGGGGAUUGUUAAUGGCCAGUGCAUUUUAGCAAAUGAAAGGAAUACUUACGUACCACCACAGGGAGAAGGGUUUAAAAUAACAGAAGCUGCAAUGCACCACCAGACGAAUAUUAUGGAAGUGUUUAAACGUGCAGUUGAAAAAGCAAAUAUUAAAGUGGCAGAUAUUGAAUACAUUGCAUACACUGCAGGACCAGGAAUUGGUCCUUGCUUACAGGCAGUUGCUGUUUUUGCUAAAGUGUUAUCUGUAAUGUAUAAUAUUCCUGUGGUGCCUGUUAAUCACUGCGUUGCUCAUAUAGAAAUGGGCAGAUUUAUUACACAAUCAAAUAAUCCAACUAUUUUAUACGUCAGUGGUGGGAAUACACAAAUUAUAGUAUACCACAACAGAAAGUAUAAAGUAUAUGGAGAAACCCUGGAUAUAGCAAUAGGAAACUGUUUGGAUAGACUUGCACGUACUUUGAAUAUUUCAAAUUAUCCCUCUCCUGGGUAUAAUAUUGAACAACUCGCAAAGAAAGGGACUGAGUACAUAAAACUACCAUACAUCAUAAAGGGAAUGGAUGUUUCAUUUUCUGGGUUACUGUCUUACGUGCAGAAAUACUUACAGGGAAAAGAAUUAACUGAUGAAUUAAAAGCAAAUAUAUGUUAUUCCGUGCAGGAGACGGCAUUUGCUAUGCUAGUUGAAGUAUCCGAGAGGGCAAUGGCAUGUGCGGACUCUAAUGAAAUAUUAGUUGUAGGAGGUGUUGGGUGUAAUAAAAGACUGCAAAAAAUGGCAAGUGAUAUGGCAGAGCAAAGAGGAGGCACUGGAUACAGCGCAGAUGAACGGUACUGCAUUGAUAAUGGCCUAAUGAUAGCACAUACAGCAUAUAAAAUGAUCUCCGCUGGAUAUAAAUGUACAGAUAAUUCCUGUCACGUAUCACAGAGGUACAGAACAGAUACUGUUGAUGUUAUAUGGCGUGAUUAGCUCAUUACGCCAAGUAAUAUCCCGAAUAUCCGAUUUUUAUAAAUUUAUUCUUAUUAAUAAACC